ACACACACACACACAGAGGUACGUCACAGUCCGCCGUGACGUAAUCCCGUGGAUCAGACGAUGGUGAUUCACGCGUAAAAGCCAAGGAGUGAAGUCCUGUGUUAUCGCUCGUACCUGCAUAUCAUCAACGACAUUGCCUGUGACAGAGAUUUGUUGCUUUUCUUGAAGGGAAAUUCGUGAGAUAUAAUUGAGUGAAAAUGAGUGGCCAUAAAACCUUCAGUCUCCUCGGCAAGAAGCCAACAGCAGAAGCACAGAUGAAAGCAAACAAAAGGCAGUUAAAUCAAGCUGGGAGGGACAUCCAGCGGAAUCGACGGGACUUGGAAAGGCAAGAGAAACAGCUUGAGAUGGAGAUUAAGAAGUUGGCAAAAACACCAGCCAAAAACAAAGAGGCAUUAGGUGUGUUAGCCAAGCAGUUGAUUCAAGUAAGGAAGCAGAAGGCUAGAACAUACACAGCAGAUAGCAGGAUAAAGGGGGUGCAGGCUCAGCAAACAUCAAUGCAGUCUAACAUGAAGCUAGCCAAUGCCAUGGGUGCCACUACUACAACCAUGAAGAACAUGAAUCAGCUAGUAAAUCCUCAAGAUCUUUCUAAGAAAUUAAGAGACUUCGAACAAGCUUCAGCCAAGUUUGAAAUGACAGAAGAGCUAAUGGAUUCAGCGCUGGACGAUAUCUUGACGGAGAGCGGCGACGAGGAAGAAGCAGACGACAUUGUGAACCAGGUGUUGGAUGAAAUUGGCAUCGAAAUUGGAGCGAAGGUUGCUGGCCUACCUGCAACACAUGCAAGUUCUUUAGGUGAGAAAAGUGCAAACAAGAAAACAGAAGACAAGGAACUAGAAGAGGCCUUAGCCUGCCUGCGAACUAGUAAUUAAGAAUUGGGAGUGAAAAAAGUAACUUGAAUUUGACUUUAUGAAUAUAUAGGUACUUAAAUAUUGAAUGGAAGGUUAAAUUUGGAUGAAAGAAUUUAUAUCUAAGAAUGAAGGCACAGGGAGGAAAAAUAUUUAAAUCUUAUUAAUCCUCCUUAGAUUUAUUAUUAUAUAGAGAGGAGCAAGUGACUCCAUUGAAAGAGCCUUACAAAGAAAUGGUAGAAAAGAGAAGAGAGGAAAUUCAAAAGAAAAUAGGGAGAGAGAGUAUGGAAGCAAAAGAAAGAAUACAAGAGAGGAAAGUAGAUGACUGUAAAUCAACUCAUGGUACCCUACACAUAUAGCUAAUCGCAGUCAUGGAUAAUCUCAGAAGCAAUUGCAUUAAUAUUAAGAAUUUAGAAAAAUGAUUUGUAUCACAUGGUCAUGCAUGUCUGCAGCUGUGCUUCAUUGUGCCUACAUGAUGCUUGCAUACAUUAUGUGCGCAUGUUUGUGUAUGGGUAGGUGGAGGUGGUAAAUAUAUGAACUGUUGAAUAUUGUGGAUGAUUAUAGCUUUUAGGUGUCCAGGAAGUUGACUGCAGUGCAUUAAAGUGAAAAUCAAGAUGAUGGGCUCUAGACUGGUGAAACAAUGGCCAAUGUCCCAGUAGUAUAGAUCAAGCAAUAACCAUUAUCUUGGCUCACUGGAAAGAAGGAUUUGAAGGUACUUUGGUAAAAGGAUGGGUAGCUAGUUAAAUAAAGGUUUAUUUUCAUAAGCCUCUGUUUUAAUCCGCCUUAAGACUAGACUAGAAGCAGUGAGAUGCAGGUCACUGGCAAACUGGACUUUUUUUUUUUUUUUUACUAAUUUUCUUACAUUAAAAGAUUCUAAUACAGAACUUCUUUGCUGAAUAUACUUUUAUAAGCAUGACACAUAUUUUUAAACGUGAAAGAAUCUGUGAUUUUUGUUUGUUUGUUUGCCUCCUUUGUCCUAGUUCCUUUUAAUUAGAUUGAGAUUUAUUUUGAAUAUUAUAGUCUUGGAACAAGCAGAAAAUUACGAGAUGCCAUAAUUUCUUGUCUGUGUAUAAUAUAUGUGAAUGUUUGUACAUACUAAUAAACCUAAGACUUAG